UUUAAUUUGCUUACUUUAGUUGACUUCAUUUUAUAGGCACAACACUUCCUUCCAUAAAAUCCCCCACUCUCUCUCUCUCUCUCUCUCUCUCUUAAAUUACUCUUCAAAUUCCCACUUUCACCAUUUUCUCUCCUCUGAAAAAGAUGUCCACUUUAAAGAAAAAAAGUUUCCACCUCUGGUUUUCCAAGCUCCGCCGCUUUCCGGCCGCCUUGAACCCGUCAUCGCCACCGCACACGCCGAACAAAAAACCCCUUUCUCUUGAAAACUCCACCUCCACGGCAGCUGACGACUGUUGCUUCUCCGAUGAAUCCACCUCGGACUCCGACUCCGACGCCGACGCCGUUGUCCCUGACUUCUCUGCUGCUGUUGCUUCCCACCGCUUCUUCCUCUCCUCCCCCGGCUUCUCCAACUCCAUCUUCGACUCCUCCCCCGACCACGCCGUCAAGGUCCGGAAGGUUUCGACGGACCCAUUUGUGGAUUUUCGAGGUUCAAUGCAGGAGAUGAUCGAAGCCAGAAAUCAGCCGGUGGACGUCCGGCGAGACUGGGAGUAUCUACUGAAUCUUCUCAUUUGUUAUCUCCAAAUCAACUCCCUUGAUACCCACAAGUUUAUAACAACCGCUUUCUCCGACCUCCUCAUUUACUUGCUGGAAUCAUCCCCGGAGUCACCCUCCGACCACCGUCUGCGGCGGCGGAAUUGCCACUUGCAGAACUAAUUGAUGCAAGAAAAACAUCCAAAUUUCCACCGUCUUCUUGUUUUACCAAUUUCAAGUGAAGAACACAAGAAAUGAAUAAGAAAAAACGAUCAAAUUCAAUGAAAUUCAAUGAUUUGAUAAUAAUCAAAUGGGUUAGCUUUUAUUGAUCUUGUUUUUGCAGGAGAAAGCUUAGUAGUUGGUGGAAGUUGGAAUGUUUGUUCUAAUUAGAAGACAAAACAGAACAAGGUAAGCGUGGGAUAUGCAAAAGAAGGAACUUUUUAAAAA